AUGGAUAAUAAUAAUAUAGUAUAUAUUGAGAAAAAAACAAAGGAAAAAAAAAAAGAAGAAAAAGAAAAAAAUAAAGAAUUCGAUUCUUUUCAUAUGAAGAAUAUCUUUUUAUUAGUUAUACAUUUCUUAUUCUAUAUAAUAUUAGUUCAUAUAUAUUAUACAUAUAAUAAUGAAAAUUUAUUACAAUGUUUUAAUAAUAGUUUUUCUUAUAUCUUAAAAAGUCCAUAUUUAAAUAUAUACGAUGUAGAAAUCAUACAAAAUAAUUUAUCUAAUAUAUCUCAGAUGUGUAAUCAUGAUAAAUUAAAUUAUUCCAAAUAUAUAGACACAGAUUAUUUUAAAUAUUCUUUCUUGUUUUAUAAUCAACAUGUUAACACAUACAUAGAUUACGUUAUUAUAUUUCAUAAAUUAAAUCAAUCUGAAAUUUUGAAAAAAGAAAUUCAUAUAAGCAUAACUAAAUAUUUUUUUUGGAAAGAAUGGGUGCUUUAUAUUUUUUUUAAUUUGAUGACAUGUGCUAUAAUAAAUAUCUACUGGAAAAAGAAAGAGAGAAAAGAAAAUAUAUUUCAUGUAUCAGUAAUUUCCCUUAUUAAUAUAAAUAUAAUAUACCAGCAAUUUAUAGACUCUAUUGAAUAUGGUUCUACAUAUGAAAAAUUCAUAGCGUUGUUAAUAUAUAUUUAUUAUAUCCUAUUAAUCUUAAAUAUUUUUAAAGAAUUAUCAAAAGUUAGUAAAAUAUUUCGUAUACCCAUAAACAUAAUUAGCAAUACAUUAAAACAUAACAAGGUGCUUUUCAUUUCUCUUUCUGCUUUUGUAGUAGUACCAUUUGUCAAAUAUAUAACAAGCCUUCAAAAUUAUAGUGACUAUAUCAAAUCGUUCGAUCUCUUUGAAAAGAACAAUAUAUAUAAAAAUGAAUAUCCUUACUAUUUUUUGUUUUCCUUAAUCUAUAAUUUUUUUUUUAUACCCAUGAUAAUAGUUAUAUCCACAGCAAGCACCUUUCUCCUUGUAAACAAGAACGACCUUUUAUUAAAUUGCAAGUUAAGAAAUAUGCCACUCUGGUUAAAAAUAAAGGAAUAUCUUUUCUUCUUUCAAGUGAAUAAAAAAUUAAACAAACAAAAGAUGUUUAUAUCUGACGAAAAAAAUAUAAAAAAUAUGAGUAUCCUAAAAUUUUCUAAUAUAUCUUGCUUCGGCCUUUUUUUUAUUUUUUUAAUUUUAAAAAUAAAUUUUGAUCAAAGCUCAUAUGAUCAUAUUAAUAAAAAGUACAACCUUCUAUUAAAGGAGUAUUUUUUAACAGACACAAAUAUGGAGAAAUCAUAUGAUACUUUUACCUAUUCAGCUGAUUACUACAACUUUUUAAACUCCAUAGUCAUAAAGAAUAUCAUGAGAAAUAAAAAAGAUUUGCAAAAUAAAAAUUUAUUCGAUAUUAAUUUGAAUUUAAAUGAUUACAAUAUUUCUAUAUAUGAUGAUUUUUUUAAUCAUUUUCCAUAUGACGUCUUUCUAAAAUUUAGCGGCAACAACCAAAUAUCCGAUGAAAUAACUAUAGCCAAUCCGUUACUUGCACACGAAUCCAACACUGAUAGUACCAAAUUAGAGAAUUAUAAAAGUAUCAUAGAGGAUAAUAAGGGAAGGAUAAAAUAUUACGACGCUUAUUCGAUUCUUUACAACUUUGAAUACUCCCUAUCUUUAUUAAUAAGGACAUCGUUUAAGGUGCAGCAUUAUGGUGUGUUUAAAAAAGAUAAAGAAAUUUUUGUUCAUGAGAUAUAUGAAGAUAAUUAUAAUAACAUGUAUAAUUAUAAAUAUAUUUUAUUAAUAAUUAUGUUUAUCAUAACAAUAAUAUAUUUAAUUUUAACGAUAUUUAUGGUGUAUUAUAUAAGAAGCAAGAUUUAUAUUUCUUUUUUUUCCUUUUUUUUCUUAAAUUUCUUCUUUUUUUUCUUAUUUCAUUUUAUGAGCUUCACACCAGUUAGCUAUUUUUAUGAUUAUAUUAACGACAUAAAGGAAAAUCAAAUAUCCGAAAUAUUUAAUAACAUGAAUAAACAAGACAAUUUUAGAUCCUUAUUAUUUGAUUUAUUAAAAAUAAAAUGGUAUAAAUUUUAUGCAAAUUUAUUUUCUUAUAUCAUUAUUCUUACAUCCUUAUUAAAUUUCUUUUUUCUUUUUUUUAUAAAUCAUAUUUCAUUUUUAAUAAAGCAUAAAAAAAAAUUUCUAUUAGUAAGCAUACCUAUAUGGAUCUCCGUUUUUUUCAUGUCCUUAAUAGGAUCUUAUUUUCCAUGUAAUAUCCAGAAGAACAUUUUUAAGUGGAUACUUUUAUUUUAUCAAAUUCAAACAAACCAGAAUUCUUUCCCUUACGAAGUCUUAAACAAAUUUAUUUUUGUUUUCUUCUUAUUUUACCUUACCUCCAUAUUCCUAUUUAUUUAUGUAAAGAAAAAACCAAACAUAAUUAAACUAAAAAGACGUAAUUAUCAAAAUGAUAAAGACCCUAAACAGGUACCUUUUAAUAACACCAACAUAUGCGAAAACUAUGAUAUCCUACUAUACUUUAAAGCCCUUUUAUAUUCAUUAGAUAAAACUUUUGAAAAGGUACAAUUAUUGAAAGAAAAAAAUAAGUUUUCUCAAAUGCUUAAUCUUCAGAUUAAUAUGUAUAAUAUGUAUGAACAACAAAAAAUGAUGUUGCAAUAUGGGAACAUAAACGCACAAGGUAAUUACAUGAAUGGACAAACAAAUAAUGUUAUGAAUGGUCAGGGGAAUAAUUACAUGAAUGGACAAACAAAUAAUGUUAUGAAUGGUCAGGGGAAUAAUUACAUGAAUGGACAAAAAAAUAAUGUUAUGAAUGGUCAGGGAAAUAAUUACACAAAUAGCCAAAUGAAUAAUUACAUGAAUAUCCAAACGAAUAAUUGCAUGAAUGGUCAGGAAAAUAAUUAUCUGAAUAGCCAAACGAAUAAUUACAUGAAUAUCCAAACGAAUAAUUGCAUGAGUGGUCAGGAAAAUAAUUAUCUAAAUAGCCAAACGAAUAAUUACAUGAAUAUCCAAACGAAUAAUUACAUGAAUAUCCAAACGAAUAAUUGCAUGAGUGGUCAGGAAAAUAAUUAUCUAAAUAGCCAAACGAAUAAUUACAUGAAUAUCCAAACGAAUAAUUACAUGAAUAUCCAAACGAAUAAUUACAUGAAUGGUCAGGAAAAUAAUUAUAUGAAUGGCCAAACGAAUAAUUUCAUGAAUGACCAAACGAAUAAUUACAUGAACAGUCAGGUACAUACAGAAAUUCCUUAUAGACCAAAUGAAAACGCUCAAACAUCAAGCCAAAUAAUGAAUGGCAAACAUAAUUAUGAUCAUACGAUGGUGGGAAAUAUACAAGACGGGAAAGGUAUAAAUACACACGCAAAACAUAAAUUGUAUGAAAUUAAAAAAAACGAUGAUCACGACAUUAUAGAUGAAGAUACGUCAAAUAAUGAAGAUUUGGAGAGACAAAAUAAAAAUAAAGACGAUGAAGUAGAUAUGAUUGAAAAGAUAGAGAAUAUGAGUUUAUUUUUUACAAAUAUAUUGAAUGAGAAAUAUGAUUUUAAUUUUUUAAAAGAUGAAAAUAUAAAGAAUAAUAAGAAGAAAACGUUAGUGCAGUGGAUAAUAUCUGGACUUUAUGAUAAAGAUAAUUAUAAAAGAAAUGAAGAAGAUAAGGAAAAAAGGCAAAAAAACACAAAGCAAUUAAAACGUAUGAUUGAAAAUUUGAAUGAAGAUUUAUAUUACAUAGACAAAAUAAAAAUAUCAUUUACAUAUUUACUUUUUCUAAAAAUAAAAAAAUAUAUACUUAUACAAAAGUUCAAUAAUUUAAAAGAAAAAAAAGGUGAAUUAAAAACAACAUAUCAAAAUAAAAUAUUAUAUAAAAGUCAUCUAAGUAAACUUCAACAAAAUUUGACAAAGCAAAUGUACCAGCUAGAAAAAAAUGUUUUAAUUACAAACAAUUUGAGGGAUGGUCUUAUACAUAUCAUAGAGGAUGAAGCAUUUUAUAAAAAGGAUGAACAGAAUAGUAGUGAGGAAAAGAAGGAACAAAUUAUUAAUGAGGAGGCUCAAUCAAACAAGGGCCGCAUUUUUGAAAAAUGA